GUUCGGAACGGAGGAAGCUCGCGCAGUACCGAGGGACUGCUCGGACUGCUCUGGCUGCUCGGACCCUUCCCACACUUUCACUGCCUCUCGCCCCGCACUGCGAUUCCAGGCAGUUUGCGAGCACACACCCAGGGCCCGCCUCCCGCUGCGGCUGCGCCUCUUCGUUUGCUGCCUGUGGGUCCCACGCGCUGGGGCCUUCUCUGCCCAGCACUCUGCUUUGCUCCUCGUGUGCCCUGAAGAAGGAGGACGUGCUGCCCGGACUUUCCACGGCAAAGAGGUGAUUUCCUGCUGUAACCUGACAUCUGGACAUAGACAGUAGACAUUGGAGGCCAUCCCCUCUGCCACAUGGAGUAUGCCAAGUUUGGAUCCAUUCUAUGGUGAUGCUAACAUUUGAAGACCUGGCUAUUUACUUUACCUGGGAGGAAUGGCAGAACAUGAACAAAGCUCAGAAAAUUCUGUACAGGGAUGUGAUGUUGGAGACCUACAGCAGCCUGGUCUUCUUGGGGCACUGCAUUACCAAACCUGAUUUGAUCUUUAAGUUGGAGCAAGGAGCAGAGCCAUGGAUGAAUGAAUGCCUAAAUCAGAGCCUUCCAGUUGCCAUGAAAAGUGAUGACAUAAUUAGGACCAACCAAAAAAGUCAAGAAAAAAAAUUUAAUCAGGAUGUUAUGACAAAUAAUAAGACAUCAACUCCCAAGAGAGUUGAAUUAAUAAAAAGACUUAAAUUAAGUUCAAGUCAUAUUUCAGAACUGAUUAUCAAAAAGGGGAAUUAUUCAGCAAUGAAACUUGAGGAAUGCAAUGUAUGUCAUAAUGUGGAUCCCCAUGGUGGGCCUGAUGAGCUGCAAGCUGGAGAGAAACUUGAUUCUGCUAACAUACCUGGGAACUCUGUCCAGUGCUGUGAGCCUCUAAGUGAGUAUCACAAGAUUCAGACUGUGAAGCCUUCAUUUGAACAUAGUGGACAGGGGAAAGACUUCAAAAGGAAGAAGAUAUUCUUUAGAUUUGGCACCGUCCAUAUGGGAGACACCUGUAAUGAGCCAACUUUCACUGUUGGAAGGACAACUCAAAUAGAAAAAACUCUUCAUAAAAAUACUAACUUCAGUAAGCAUCAACAAAUCAACACAGGAGAGAAACUUUAUGAAGAUAUGGGGUAUGUGGAACCUCUCAUUUACAAUUCAGAUCUUGCAAUAGAUAAGAGACAACAUAUGGGGAAAAAAUCCUAUGCAUGUAAGCUAUGUGGGAACUCACAUGUGUGUAAUGAAUGUGGAGAAACCACAUACCAGAAGUUAGAUCUCAUUAAACAUCAGAAAAUUCACACAAAGCAGAUAACUCAUGAAUGUAAUGAGUGCAGAAAUCCCGUUUUCCAGAAAUCAUACCUAAUAACACAUCAGAAAAUUAACAAAGAAGACAAAUCUUAUGAAUGUAAAGACUGUGGAAAAGCUUUUGUCAAGAAAUCACAUCUCAUAAUGCAUCAGAGAAUUCACACAGGAGAGAAACCUUAUGAAUGUAAUGACUGUGGAAAAGCCUUUGGCAAUAAGACACAUCUUGUAAGGCAUCAAAGAAUUCACACAGGAGAGAAACCUUAUGAAUGUAAUGACUGUGGAAAAUCCUUUGGCAAGAAGUCACAUCUUGUAGUGCAUCAGAGAAUUCACACGGGAGAGAAACCUUAUGAAUGUAAUGACUGUGGGAAAGCUUUUGUCUAUAAGUCACAACUCAUACUGCAUCAGGAAAUUCACACAGGAGAGAAGCCUUAUGAAUGUAAUGACUGUGGAAAAGCUUUUGUCUGUAAGUCACAACUCAUAAAUCAUCAGAAAAUUCACACAGGGGAGAAACCUUAUGAAUGUAAUGACUGUGGAAAAGCUUUUGUCUGUAAGUCAAAUCUUGUAAUACAUCAGAGAAUUCACACAGGAGAGAAACCUUAUGAAUGUAAUGACUGUGGAAAAUCCUUUGGCCAUAAAACACAGCUUGUAAUACAUCAGAGAAUUCACACAGGAGAGAAACCUUAUGAAUGUAAUGACUGUGGAAAAGCUUUUGGCAAUAAGACGCAUCUUGUAAUACAUCAGAGAAUUCACACAGGAGAGAAACCUUAUGAAUGUAAUGACUGUGGAAAAUCCUUUGGCCAUAAGACACAUCUUGUAAUACAUCAAAGAAUUCACACAGGGGAGAAACCUUAUGAAUGUAAUGACUGUGGAAAAUCCUUUGGCAAGAAGUCAAAUCUUGUAAUACAUCAAAGAAUUCAAACAGGAGAGAAACCUUAUGAAUGUAAUGACUGUGGAAAAGCCUUUGGCAAGAAGUCAAAUCUUGUAAUACAUCAGAGAAUUCACACAGGAGAGAAACCUUAUGAAUGUAACGACUGUGGAAAAGCUUUUGGCAAUAAGACACAUCUUGUAAUACAUCAAAGGAUUCACACAGGGGAGAAACCUUAUGAAUGCAACGACUGUGGAAAAGCUUUUGGCAAUAAGACACAUCUUGUAAUACAUCAGAGAAUUCACACAGGAGAGAAACCUUAUGAAUGUAAUGACUGUGGAAAAUCCUUUGGCUGUAAGUCAAAUCUUGUAAUACAUGAAAGAAUUCACACAGGAGAGAAACCUUAUGAAUGUAAUGACUGUGGAAAAUCCUUUGGCUAUAAGUCAAAUCUUGUAAUACAUCAAAGGAUUCACACAGGGGAGAAGCCUUAUGAAUGUAAUGACUGUGGAAAAGCUUUUGGCAGUAAGACACAUCUUGUAAGGCAUCAAAGAAUCCACACAGGGGAGAAACCUUAUAAAUGUAAUGACUGUGGAAAAUGCUUUGGCAAGAAGUCAAAGCUUGUAAUACAUCAGAGAAUUCACACAGGAGAGAAACCUUAUGAAUGUAACAACUGUGGAAAAGCUUUUGGCAAUAAGACACAUCUUGUAAUACAUCAGAGGAUUCACACAGGAGAGAAACCUUAUGAAUGUAAUGACUGUGGAAAAGCCUUUGGCAAUAAGUCAAAUCUUGUAAUACAUCAGAGAAUUCACACGGGAGAGAAACCUUAUGAAUGUAAUGACUGUGGGAAAGCUUUUGUCUAUAAGUCACAACUCAUAAAACAUCAGAGAAUUCACCCAGGAGAAAACUUAUGAAUAACUGGAAAAGUCUUUGGCAAGAAAUCUCAUCUUGUAAGGCAUCAAAGCAUUCGCACAAGGGAGAAACGUUAUGAAUGUAAUGACUGUGGAAAAGCUUUGGCAGGUGCAGAGCCAAGAUGGCAGAUAGUGAGGACAUGCACCGAUAGUCUGGGAAAAUUUAGUUUCAUAAAAGUGGGAUUAUUGUAGCCUCAGGAAAAGACGCAAGAAAAAAAACUGCAGAGGAAAUGCUUCCGGAUCUAGUGGAUGUGACACAGAGGACCUACAGGGAGCCCACCGUGUGGAAGCCCAGCCACGGGAGCUGAGCUGCAGAAUCUCGCCAGCGUGGGAACUGGAGGUAAGACAAAAACCUCAGAAACCCGAGACAUUGGUGGGGAAAGGCAGAGGCCUCUCUUUCCACUCACCUAAAAAAGUCGAGCAAAACAAAGAGCAGGAACCAUUUUACAUAUGUAAAGUGCCAACAAGUACACAAACUCAGUAACACCUUCUCAGUAGUCACAUUGAAUGUUAAUGGCCUGAACUGUCCAGUUAAAAGACACCGAUUGGCUGAUUGGGUUAAGGAACAAAACCCAUCUUUUUGCUGCUUACAAGAAACUCAUCUUUCCAACAAUGAUGCAUACAGACUAAAAGUGAAAGGCUGGAAAAAUAUAUACCAUGUCAACAGAAAUGAAAAAAGAGCAGGCGUAGCCAUCUUAAUAUCGGACAACAUACACUUUACCACAAAAACUGUUAGGAGAGACAAAGAGGGGCACUAUAUAAUGAUUAAGGGAUCCAUUCAACAGGAAGAUAUAAUG